AUGCUCAGUGGGCCGGGCCGGCAGGUUUGCGUGGCCGCUGAGUUGCUGGCGCCGGCUGAGCCAGCGGACGACGCGUUCCUUGGCGGCCGCCGGUUCCCGGGAAGUUACGUGCGGAAGCCGGCUUCCGAGGAGACGCCUGGAGGCCACGAGUGCUGCUGACUGGCGGGCGACUGGGGGAGGCCGACGUGGCCGGGCUGCGAAAGCUGCGGGAGGCCGAGCGGGUGGCCGCGCUCGGAGGGAGGUGCCGGUCGGGCGCGCCCCGUGGAGAAGACCCGGGCGGGGCGGGCGCUUUCCGGACUUUUGUCCGAGUUGAAUUCCCUCCCCUUGGGCCGGGCCCUUCCGGCCGCCCCCGCCCCUGCCCCGCUCGCUCUCGGGAGAUGUUUAUUUGGGCUGUGGCGUGAGGAGCGGGCGGGCCGGCGCCGCGGAGUUUCGGGUCCGAGGAGCCUCGCGCGGCGCUGGAGAGAGACAAGAUGUCCGCCAGAGCUGCGGCCGCCAAGAGCACAGCAAUGGAGGAAACAGCUAUAUGGGAACAACAUACAGUGACGCUUCACAGGGCUCCUGGAUUUGGAUUUGGAAUUGCAAUAUCUGGUGGACGAGAUAAUCCUCAUUUUCAGAGUGGGGAAACGUCAAUAGUGAUUUCAGAUGUGCUGAAAGGAGGACCAGCUGAAGGACAGCUACAGGAAAAUGACCGAGUUGCAAUGGUUAACGGAGUUUCAAUGGAUAAUGUUGAACAUGCUUUUGCUGUUCAGCAACUAAGGAAAAGUGGGAAAAAUGCAAAAAUUACAAUUAGAAGGAAGAAGAAAGUUCAAAUACCAGUAAGUCGUCCUGAUCCUGAACCAGUAUCUGAUAAUGAAGAAGAUAGUUAUGAUGAGGAAAUACAUGAUCCAAGAAGUGGCCGGAGUGGUGUGGUUAACAGAAGGAGUGAGAAGAUUUGGCCGAGGGAUAGAAGUGCAAGUAGAGAGAGGAGUUUGUCUCCGCGGUCAGACAGACGGUCAGUGGCUUCCAGCCAGCCCGCUAAACCCACCAAAGUCACACUGGUGAAAUCCCGGAAAAAUGAAGAAUAUGGUCUUCGAUUGGCAAGCCAUAUAUUUGUUAAGGAAAUUUCACAAGAUAGUUUGGCAGCAAGAGAUGGCAAUAUUCAAGAAGGUGAUGUUGUAUUGAAGAUAAAUGGUACUGUGACAGAAAAUAUGUCAUUGACAGAUGCAAAGACAUUGAUAGAAAGGUCUAAAGGCAAAUUAAAAAUGGUAGUUCAAAGAGACGAACGGGCUACGCUAUUGAACGUCCCUGAUCUUUCUGACAGCAUCCACUCUGCUAAUGCCUCCGAGAGAGACGACAUUUCAGAAAUUCAGUCACUGGCAUCAGAUCAUUCUGGUCGAUCACACGAUAGGCCUCCCCGCCGCAGCCGGUCACGAUCUCCUGACCAGCGGUCAGAGCCUUCUGAUCAUUCCAGACACUCGCCGCAGCAGCCAAGCAAUGGCAGUCUCCGGAGUAGAGAUGAAGAGAGAAUUUCUAAACCUGGGGCUGUCUCAACUCCUGUAAAGCAUGCUGAUGAUCACACUCCUAAAACAGUGGAAGAAGUUACAGUUGAAAGAAAUGAGAAACAAACACCUUCUCUUCCAGAACCAAAGCCUGUGUAUGCCCAAGUUGGGCAACCAGAUGUGGAUUUACCUGUCAGUCCAUCUGAUGGUGUCCUACCUAAUUCAACUCAUGAAGAUGGGAUUCUUCGGCCCAGCAUGAAAUUGGUAAAAUUCAGAAAAGGAGAUAGUGUGGGUUUGCGGCUGGCUGGUGGAAAUGAUGUUGGAAUAUUUGUAGCUGGCGUUCUAGAAGAUAGCCCUGCAGCCAAGGAAGGCUUAGAGGAAGGUGAUCAAAUUCUCAGGGUAAACAACGUAGAUUUUACAAAUAUCAUAAGAGAAGAAGCCGUCCUUUUCCUGCUUGACCUCCCUAAAGGAGAAGAAGUGACCAUAUUGGCUCAGAAGAAGAAGGAUGUUUAUCGUCGCAUUGUAGAAUCAGAUGUAGGAGAUUCUUUCUAUAUUAGAACCCAUUUUGAAUAUGAAAAGGAAUCUCCCUAUGGACUUAGUUUUAACAAAGGAGAGGUGUUCCGUGUUGUGGAUACCUUGUACAAUGGAAAACUGGGCUCUUGGCUUGCUAUUCGAAUUGGUAAAAAUCAUAAGGAGGUAGAACGAGGCAUCAUCCCUAAUAAGAACAGAGCUGAGCAGCUAGCCAGUGUACAGUAUACACUUCCAAAAACAGCAGGCGGAGACCGUGCUGACUUCUGGAGAUUCCGAGGUCUUCGCAGCUCCAAGAGAAAUCUUCGAAAAAGCAGAGAGGAUUUAUCCGCUCAGCCUGUUCAAACAAAGUUUCCAGCUUAUGAAAGAGUGGUUCUUCGAGAAGCUGGAUUUCUGAGGCCUGUAACCAUUUUUGGACCAAUAGCUGAUGUUGCCAGAGAAAAGCUGGCAAGAGAAGAACCAGAUAUUUAUCAAAUUGCAAAGAGUGAACCACGAGAUGCUGGAACUGACCAACGUAGCUCUGGCAUUAUUCGCCUGCAUACAAUAAAGCAAAUCAUAGAUCAAGACAAACAUGCUUUAUUAGAUGUAACACCAAAUGCAGUUGAUCGUCUUAACUAUGCCCAGUGGUAUCCAAUUGUUGUAUUUCUUAACCCUGAUUCUAAGCAAGGAGUAAAAACAAUGAGAAUGAGGUUAUGUCCAGAAUCUCGGAAAAGUGCCAGGAAGUUAUAUGAACGAUCUCAUAAACUUCGUAAAAAUAAUCACCAUCUUUUUACAACUACAAUUAACUUAAAUUCAAUGAAUGAUGGUUGGUAUGGUGCGCUGAAAGAAGCAAUUCAGCAACAGCAAAACCAGCUGGUAUGGGUUUCUGAGGGAAAGGCGGAUGGUGCUACAAGUGAUGACCUUGAUUUGCAUGAUGAUCGUCUGUCCUACCUGUCAGCUCCAGGUAGUGAAUACUCAAUGUAUAGCACGGACAGUAGACACACUUCUGACUAUGAAGACACAGACACAGAAGGCGGGGCCUACACUGAUCAAGAACUAGAUGAAACUCUUAAUGAUGAGGUUGGGACUCCACCGGAGUCUGCCAUUACACGGUCCUCUGAGCCUGUAAGAGAGGACUCCUCUGGAAUGCAUCAUGAAAACCAAACAUAUCCUCCUUACUCACCACAAGCGCAGCCACAGCCAAUUCAUAGAAUAGACUCCCCUGGAUUUAAGCCAGCCUCUCAACAGAAAGCAGAAGCUUCAUCUCCAGUCCCUUACCUUUCGCCUGAAACAAACCCAGCAUCAUCAACCUCUGCCGUUAAUCAUAAUGUAAAUUUAACUAAUGUGAGACUGGAGGAGCCCACCCCAGCUCCUUCCACCUCUUACUCACCACGAGCUGAUUGUUUAAGAACACCGAGUACUGAGGCAGCUAACAUAAUGCUAAGAGGCCAAGAACCAUCAUUGUCGCCGCAUGUAGACCCAGCAAAGGUGUAUAGAAAGGAUCCAUAUCCCGAGGAAAUGAUGAGGCAGAACCAUGUUUUGAAACAGCCAGCCGUUAGUCACCCAGGGCACAGGCCAGACAAAGAGCCUAAUCUGACCUAUGAACCCCAACUCCCAUACGUAGAGAAACAAGCCAGCAGAGACCUCGAGCAGCCCACAUACAGAUACGAGUCCUCAAGCUAUACGGACCAGUUUUCUCGAAACUAUGAACAUCGUCUGCGAUACGAAGAUCGCGUCCCCAUGUACGAAGAACAGUGGUCAUAUUAUGAUGACAAACAGCCCUACCCAUCUCGGCCACCUUUUGAUAAUCAGCACUCUCGAGACCUUGACUCCAGACAGCAUCCCGAAGAGUCCUCAGAACGAGGGUACUUUCCACGUUUUGAAGAGCCAGCCCCUCUGUCCUAUGACAGCAGACCACGUUACGAACAGGCACCUAGAGCAUCCGCCCUGCGGCACGAAGAGCAGCCAGCUCCUGGGUAUGACACACAUGGUAGACUCAGACCGGAAGCCCAGCCCCACCCUUCAGCAGGGCCCAAGCCCGCAGAGUCCAAGCAGUAUUUUGAGCAAUAUUCACGCAGUUACGAGCAAGUACCACCCCAAGGAUUUACGUCUAGAGCAGGUCAUUUUGAGCCUCUCCAUGGUGCUGCAGCUGUCCCUCCGCUGAUACCUUCAUCUCAGCAUAAGCUAGAAGCUCUGCCUUCAAAUACCAAACCACUGCCUCCACCCCCAACUCAAACCGAAGAAGAGGAAGAUCCAGCAAUGAAGCCACAGUCUGUACUCACCAGAGUUAAGAUGUUUGAAAACAAAAGGUCUGCAUCCUUAGAGACCAAGAAGGAUGUAAAUGACACUGGCAGUUUUAAGCCUCCAGAGGUAGCAUCUAAACCUUCAGGUGCUCCCAUCAUUGGUCCCAAACCCACUUCUCAGAAUCAAUUCAGUGAACAUGACAAAACUCUGUACAGGAUCCCAGAACCUCAAAAACCUCAACUGAAGCCACCUGAAGAUAUCGUUCGGUCAAAUCAUUAUGACCCUGAAGAAGAUGAAGAAUAUUAUCGAAAACAGCUCUCAUACUUUGACCGAAGAAGUUUUGAGAAUAAGCCUCCUGCACACAUUGCUGCCAGCCAUCUCUCUGAGCCUGCAAAGCCAGCUCAUUCUCAGAAUCAAUCAAAUUUUUCUAGUUAUUCUUCAAAGGGAAAGCCUCCUGAAGCUGAUGGUGUGGAUAGAUCAUUUGGCGAGAAACGCUAUGAACCCAUCCAGGCCACUCCCCCUCCUCCUCCAUUGCCCUCGCAGUACGCCCAGCCUUCUCAGCCUGUCACCAGCACGUCUCUCCACAUACAUUCUAAGGGAGCACAUGGUGAAGGUAAUUCAGUGUCAUUGGAUUUUCAGAAUUCUUUAGUGUCCAAACCAGACCCACCUCCAUCUCAGAAUAAGCCAGCAACUUUCAGACCACCAAACCGAGAAGAUACUGCUCAGCCACCUUUCUAUCCCCAGAAAAGUUUUCCGGAUAAAGCCCCAGUUAAUGGAACUGAACAGACUCAGAAAACAGUCACUCCAGCAUACAAUCGAUUCACACCAAAACCAUAUACAAGUUCUGCCCGACCAUUUGAACGCAAGUUUGAAAGUCCUAAAUUCAAUCACAAUCUUCUGCCAAGUGAAACUGCACAUAAACCUGACUUGUCUUCAAAAACUCCCACUUCUCCAAAAACUCUUGUGAAAUCGCACAGUUUGGCACAGCCUCCUGAGUUUGACAGUGGAGUUGAAACUUUCUCUAUCCAUGCAGAGAAGCCUAAAUAUCAAAUAAAUAAUAUCAGCACAGUGUCUAAAGCUAUUCCUGUGAGUCCUUCAGCUGUGGAAGAGGAUGAAGAUGAAGAUGGUCAUACUGUGGUGGCCACAGCCCGAGGCAUAUUUAACAGCAAUGGUGGCGUGCUGAGUUCCAUAGAAACUGGCGUUAGUAUAAUUAUCCCUCAAGGAGCCAUUCCCGAAGGAGUUGAGCAGGAAAUCUAUUUCAAGGUCUGCCGAGACAACAGCAUCCUCCCACCUUUAGAUAAAGAGAAAGGUGAAACACUGCUGAGUCCUUUGGUGAUGUGUGGUCCCCAUGGCCUCAAGUUCCUGAAGCCCGUGGAGCUGCGCUUACCACACUGUGCGUCCAUGACUCCUGACGGUUGGUCUUUUGCUCUAAAAUCAUCCGACUCCUCGUCGGGUGAUCCUAAAACCUGGCAAAACAAGUGUCUUCCCGGAGAUCCAAAUUAUCUCGUUGGAGCAAACUGUGUUUCUGUCCUUAUUGACCACUUUUAACUCUUGAAAUAUGGGAACUUGAUUAAAUAAUGUGAAACUGGAUUAAACUUAAUCUAAAUGGAACCACUCUAUCAAGUAUUAUACCUUUUUUAGAGUUGAUACUACAGUUUGUUAGUAUGAAGCAUUUGCUUGAACUGAUAAAGAUGAGUGAGCAUGCCCCUGAACCAUGGUCGGAAAACAUGCUACACACUGCAUGUUUGUGAUUGACGGGACUGUUGGUAUUGGCUAGAGGUUCAAAGAUAUUUUCCUUUGUGAUUUUUGUAAUUUUUAUAUCGUCACUGCUUAACUUCACAUAUUGAUUUCCGUUAAAAUACCAGCCAGUAAAUGGGGGUGCAUUUGAGGUCUGUUCUUUCCAAAGUACACUGUUUAAAACUUUACAAUGGCCCUGGCCUAGCAUACAUACACAUUUUAUUUUAUUAUGCAUGAAGUAAUAUGCACACAUUUUUUAAAUGCACCUGGAAUAUAUAACCAGUGUUGUGGAUUUAACAGAAAUGUACAGCAAGGAGAUUUAUAACUGGGGGAGGGUGAAGUGAAGACAAUGACUUACUGUAUAUGAAAACAUUUUUCUUAGGGAAGGAUACAAAAGCAUGUGAGACUGGUUCCAUGGCCUCUUCAGAUCUCUAACUUCACCAUAUUACCACAGACAUACUAACCAGCAGGAAUGCCUUACCCUCAUGUUCUUAAUUCUUAGCUCAUUCUCGCUGUGUUACUAAGUUUUUAUGGCUUUUGUGCAUUAUCUAGAUACCGUAUCAUGACAAAGACUGAGUACAUUGUGCAUUUGGUGGUUUCAGAAAUGUGUUAUCACCCAGAAGAAAAUAGUGGUGUGAUUUGGGGAUUUUUUUUUUCUUUUCUUUUCUUUUUUUUUUUUUUUUAUUUGACAAGGGGCAGUGGGGGUUUUCUGUUCUUUCUGGCUAUGCAUUUGAAAAUUUUGAUGUUUUAAGGAUGCUUGUACAUAAUGCGUGCAUACCACUUUUGUUCUUGGUUUGUAAAUUAACUUUUAUAAACUUUACCUUUUUUAUACAUAAACAAAACCACGUUUCUAAAGGCUACCUUUGUAUUCUCUCCUGUACCUCUUGAGCCUUGAACUUUGACCUCUGCAGCAAUAAAGCAGCGUUUCUAUGACACAUGCAAGGUCAUUUUUUUUAAGAAAAAGGAUGCACAGAGUUGUUACAUUUUUAAGUGCUGCAUUUAAAAGAUACAGUUACUCAGAAUUCUCUAGUUUGAUUAAAUUCUUGCAAAGUAUCCCUACUGUAAUUUGUGAUACAAUGCCGUGCCCUAAAGUGUAUUUUUUUACUAAUAGACAAUUUAUUAUGGCACAUCAGCACGAUUUCUGUUUAGAUAAUACACCACUACGUUCUGUUAAUCAUUAGGUGUGACUGAAUUUCUUUUGCCGUUAUUAAAAAUCUCAAAUUUCUAAAUCUCCAAAAUAAAACUUUUUAAAAUAAA